CUGGACACUCACUGUUAGUCUAUAUUUUGGGCUACUGGUAUUUGUAUUACUAAUUGCAUACCCUACAUUGAUAUCGCGCUUUGCUUUUCAAUUGUUGCAAUGGCGGUACUGAAAAGCCUUAGACUUGGUGUUGAUGUUGGCGGAACAAAUACAGACGGCGUUAUCAUCGAUCCCACAAGAGAAGGAGAGGAGAACCGCGGGAUUUUGGCAUGGCACAAAGAGCCGACAACGACAGAUCCAAGCUUUGGAAUCGCGCGUGCCAUUACAGCGAUGUUCGAGGCUGCCGGCACCAACCCAUCCUCCAUAGGCUCUGUCACAAUAGGCACUACGCACUUCGUCAAUGCUGUUGUGACUAGAGACGCAUCGCGACUAUGUAAGGUAGCCGUUAUUCGAUUAUGCGGACCAUUCACGAAACAUAGCCCACCAUGCAUUGGUUGGCCGAAAUCCCUUCGCAAUAUCGUACUCGGUCAUUCGGCGCGUCUGAAAGGCGGCCUUGAAGUUGAUGGUUCUCUAAUUUCAGACAUUGACGAAGAAGAAAUCCUUGAGCAGGCUCAUGUUAUCAAAGAACGAGGCAUUGGAGUCGUUGUUGUGAAUGGAGUGUUCAGCCCUAUUGACACAGUGGAGCUACAAGAAGAAAGAGCGGCAGCCAUAAUCAGGAGAGAAAUUCCAGGAGUCGAUGUCGUAUUGUCAAAGCACGUCUCUAACCUCGGCUUUCUUGAGCGAGAAAACGCCGCUAUCUUGAAUGCAUCCAUUCUGAAGUUUGCACGUCAGACUAUUGCUUCUUUCCAACUGGCUAUCGCGGCUAUCGGACUGACUUGUCCUAUUUUCAUAACGCAGAAUGACGGCACUGUUCUUACAUGCGACUCAGCUGCACGACUACCUAUCAGGACCUUCAGCUCUGGCCCUACGAACAGCAUGAGGGGUGCCGCGUUUUUGGUUGGCAGAGGAGAAUAUAAGGGAAAGUCGUUGAUGGUGGUCGAUAUAGGAGGAACCACAUCAGACGUCGGCUUGUUAUUACCGAAUGGCUUUCCUCGGCAGAAGUCUGCGUAUUCCGAACUCUCUGGUGUGAGAAUGAAUUUCAAUUACCCCGAUGUUAAAAGCAUUGGAUUGGGUGGUGGAUCACUUGUGCGCAAAAUCGAUGGUAGACUGACAGUUGGGCCGGAGAGCGUUGGCUACAAGCUGUCUGAAAAAGCGCUGGUAUUCAACGGAGACACCGCGACAGCUACUGACUACACAGUAGCCGGUUCCGGUGAUAUCUCGAUUGGUGAUGUGGAGAAAGUUCGUGGGAUACUCGUUCAGCAGGAUGUCAAGGACUACCAAAAAGAGAUCAAGAGGAUGAUUGAAGCGGUCAUUGACAGCAUGAAGACAUCGCCAGAGGACAUUCCGGUCUUACUCGUCGGCGGUGGUGCUGUUAUUGCCCCAGACGCGCUCAAGGGUGCAAGUUGUGUCAUCAAGCCACAGUGGUCGGGCGUCGCAAAUGCUAUUGGCGCGGCUAUGGCCCGAGUAAGCACUGUCAUUGACACAGUGAAGUCAACAGAAAACCUGAGCACGAAGGAAUUGGUAGCAAACAUCUCGGAAGAAGUGAAGCAAAAGACCAUCAAGGCUGGAGCAACCGAGGCCAGCAUUGAGAUUGUCGAAAUAGAGACUUUCCCUCUGGCGUAUAUUGAUCACAAGACGAGGUUCAUCAUCAGAGCAGCAGGGGAUUUCGACUUCUCACGACUGGGUGAUCUGACGGAGGUCGACGGCACCGUUGAUACAACGACAAUUGAAGACAUUGCUGCUCCAGCCGACGUGAAGAUCGGAGCACCAUUGACACCACAAGACGAUGAAGAGGAAGAAUUAAAGGCACCGGAGGUCGACUACUCCACCUAUAAACCAAAAGUGCAGGAUCGACUAUGGUACCUUUCUGAAACUGACCUUCAUUGGAUUGCGACUGGGUGCUAUAUUCUCGGCACUGGAGGUGGAGGCUCGCCCUACCCUGCCAUGUUAGCUGUCAGGGCAAUUAUGAGAUUCGGAGGAACCAUAACAAUAAAAAACCCCGUUGAUUUGAAGGAUGAUGAUCAAGUCGGCAGUGGUGUUGGUGUUGGUAGCCCUACCGUGGCGAUGGAGAGGAUGGCCGCAGACGAGUUGUUAGAGUCACAAACCGAGCUUUACAAGUACUAUCAGGGUGAUAGACCUACAGCAAUGAUAGCUACUGAAAUAGGCGGCGUUAACGGUAUGAUGGGCUUUAUCCUGGGUUCAUCACCCGUUAUGAACGUUCCAGUCAUCGACGGAGACUGGAUGGGCCGAGCUUACCCAGUGGCCUGGCAGAGCAUGUUGAAUGUCUGUAAUGAAAGACCUCUGAAGCCAUCAGCCGUUGCUUGUUGUGAUGGAAAUGGGAACAACAUCUAUAUUCCAGCUGUUUCCAGUCUUCAAAAACUCGAGAAAGUCGUCAGAGCCACGCUAGGCCAGUUGGGGAGCAACAUGAUGGCCGCAAACGCACCCUACACAGGUGCUCAGACUAAAUCGUGGGUGAUUGAGCAUACUUUGAGUCAAGCAUGGCGUAUUGGUCGCGCAGUGGCAAGGGCAAGGAAAGAAAACAGGGUUGACACUGUUGCAGAAUCUAUCAUCGAUGCUGUCGGUGGACCAGGGGCUGGUCGAGUGCUCUUUAAAGGGAAAGUCGUGGGUGUCGAGCGGACUUUGAUAGACGGUCAUAUCUACGGUGAAGUUAUCAUCGAGGGUACGGCCACGGACGAGAGGUACAGCGCACUGCCUCUUGAGUUUACUGGAAGGGUCAAGGUUCCAUUCAAGAACGAAAAUAUUGCCGUCAUCAAAUUACACGAAGGACAAAGAAACAUCCCGGGAAAAGAGAAUAACGAGGACGUCCUCGCUAUAGCACCGGAUCUCAUAUCCAUCAUCGACGCCCAGAAUGGAGAAGCAAUAGGUUCGCCUGAGUAUCGGUAUGGCUUGUUGGUAAUAGUUCUGGGUAUAGCAGCGAGUGACAAGUGGACAAGCACUCAGCGUGCCAUUGACAUUGGCGGGCCAAAGGGCUUUUCUAUGGACCAUCUAGAGUACCGCCCUCUAGGCAAAUUCGUGAAACCAGUUAGUGUUAUCGAUGAGUACAACAGUUAAGUUUGAGUAUUCUCCCAGUAUUUUCAAGAAAGAAAAAGAAUUUUACUUGUAUACAUUCAUGCUCAGGAUUUAUGCUCUGCUUUGUUAAC